AUGGCCCAAAACCUAACCUAUCCAGAUCCACCAAUUAACAUGGCUCUUUUUUAUAAAACUAAUGAAAAUGAAUUUGAAGUUGAUACGUUGCAUUUUGGCUUUAAAGGCGUUGUGGCUUUCCAUCUUCCCUUCAACAUUCUCACACUUCCCUUUCUCUUUCUUCUAUCGAGACCAUGGUGGUGUAAUUCCGCCUCCUCCAUCACCACCAUAACAUACCUCAAACCACCCAUGGCUGAAAAGCUUGAAGGUAAAACAAGAUUAGAGGGGGCAUAUCAAUUAAGGCAGAUAUACAAGAAUCCCUUUGCAUUGAUCUACUGCUUUCCAACUGGAAAUCAGAUGUUCAACAUGUCAACUAUGCUCAGUUCUGGAAAAAUUCUCGAGGUAUUGAUGAAGGGCAGUACUUCUUGA